AAGCAAGCUGCAAAAUGCAGCAAAUCCCCUUAAGAAAGAAUCAAUCAAAAAACUUGUUGGUUAGGGGGGUUUGAGUAACGUGUUCUCUUCGUUCUCUUGAUCCAUUUCCUUCCUUCUCCACCAAACCAAACCUCGAGGAAACUCUCUUCUCUACUUCUUCUCUGGGAUUUCCUUUGAGAAUGACAUGAAAAAGAAAUUUACAUUCAAAAUAAUUUAAAAAAAAAAGAGUCAAAAAUACAAUAAAAUGAAUUUUCCUUUGCUUAACUACCAAACUGUUGAAGACUUCUUCUCUCUAAUCAUACAUAUACUAUACUAGUCCUCUUCUUUCUGUAACAGUAGAUAGAAAUUAGAGAAUAGAGAUUAAAGAGAGACUGCCAUUAAAAGAAAAAAGAAAAAGAAAAAAACUGAGUGUAAAUAUAGAGAAUGGAAAUUUCUUCAACUUGUUCUUCAUCUGUAGUAUCAGUUGUUCAUAACCAAUUUCAUUUGAAAGCAUCGAAAUCCUCCUCCUCCUCUUCUUCUUCUUGUAAAUUACUCCAACGCCAAAUUCUUAAUUUCCCAACUUUAUAUUCCUCCUCUUCUUCUUUUUCCUCUAUUACAUUUGGGAUCUCAAUUUCUGAUCAUCAAUACGGAUCCAAUUCUAUUCAAAGAAGAAUACAAAGGAGCAGAAGAAGGAGAAGAAGAAUUGGAAUCUCAGCAGUAUUCGAGAGAUUCACUGAGAGAGCAAUCAAAGCAGUGGUUUUCUCCCAAAGAGAAGCUAGAUCACUGGGCAAAGACAUGGUCUUUACACAACACAUUUUAUUGGGUUUGAUCGCUGAAGACCGUUCUCCUAACGGUUAUCUAGCCUCUGGAAUUACCCUUGACAAAGCCAUAGACGCUGUUCGCACCAUUUGGAAUAGCAACAGCGAUGAUGAUAACGCCGCAUCUAAGUCAAAGGAACCGGCUGCUUCUUCGUCAUUUUCAUCAUCCGAGACACCCUUCUCAAUAAGCAGCAAGAGAGUUUUCGAAGCUGCAGUUGAGUAUUCCAGGAGUAAUGGUUAUAAUUUCAUUGCCCCUGACCACAUUUCCAUUGCUUUGUUCACUUCUGAUGAUGGCAGCGCUGCUCGUGUCCUCAAAAGAUUGGGAGCUGACAUUAAUCAAUUAGGAGCUGUUGCAGUCUCUAGACUUCAAGGGGAACUUGCCAAGGAUGGUAGAGAACCAUUUAAGACUUCGUCCUCAUCCAAGUCACCGCGCCAAAAAAAUACGUCCGAUAAGACUGCAUCCGCCGUAAGAUCUUCAGAAAAGAAAAAAGAGAAAAGUGCUUUAGAACAGUUUUGUGUAGACCUUACUGCUAGAGCCAAUGAAGGGAAAAUCGAUCCUGUAAUCGCUCGAGAUGAUGAAGUUCGGAGAAUCGUUCAGAUUCUCUGCCGGAGAACCAAGAAGAACCCGAUUCUUUUGGGUGAGCCUGGGGUUGGGAAAACUGCCAUUGCUGAAGGCCUGGCAACUAGAAUUGUGGAUGGGGAUGUUCCUCCUUUUCUCUUGACAAAACGUGUGUUGUCUUUGGAUAUUGGUUUACUAAUGGCAGGUGCCAAGGAAAGGGGUGAGCUAGAGUCACGGGUUACUAACUUGAUCAGUGAGAUACUAAAAGAAGGUAAUGUAAUUUUGUUUAUUGAUGAAGUCCAUACACUAAUUGGGUCUGGCACAGUUGGAAGAGGAAGCAAAGGGUCGGGUCUUGAUAUUGCCAACUUAUUGAAGCCUGCACUUGGAAGGGGAGAAUUACAGUGCAUUGCAUCUACAACUUUGGACGAGCACCGGAGCAUUUUUGAGAAGGAUAAAGCAUUAGCUCGGCGAUUUCAACCUGUGUUUAUUGAUGAACCAAGAGAGGUGGACGCCAUUAAGAUAUUGUUGGGUUUGCAAGAGAAGUACGCAGCUCAUCACAAGUGCAGAUAUACACCGGAAGCCAUAAAUGCCGCUGUAUACCUCUCAGCAAGGUAUAUUUCUGAUAGGUAUCUUCCCGACAAAGCUAUUGACCUCAUGGAUGAAGCAGGAAGCAGGGCCAGAAUAGAUGCAUUUAGGAAGAAAAAGGAACAACAAACAAUUAUUCUCCCAAAGUCACCAAACGACUAUUGGCAAGAAAUCAGAGCUGUCCAGUCAAUGCAUGAAGUGGUCCUGGCUAAUAAAUCAAAAUAUGGAUUUGGCGAUUCUAGUCCUGAUGAAGAAAAUGUAGAAGUCAUUUCAGAACCCCUUGUCCGCUCUACAUCAGAUGUCAACGGUGAUGAUGAACUUGCAGUUGUUGGAAUUGAAGAGAUAGCCUCUGUAGCAUCUCUUUGGUCAGGAGUUCCAGUUCAGCAGCUCACUGCAGACGAAAGACUGCGCCUGGUGGAUCUUGACGAACAGCUUAAGAAGAGGGUAGUUGGCCAAGAUGAGGCGGUUGUAGCAAUAUCUCGAGCUGUGAAGAGAUCCCGGGUUGGCCUAAAAGACCCCAACAGACCCAUUGCAGCAAUGCUCUUCUGCGGACCCACUGGUGUUGGCAAAACCGAACUCACAAAAGCUCUGGCAGCAUGCUACUUUGGAUCUGAGGAAACAAUGUUAAGAUUGGAUAUGAGUGAAUACAUGGAGCGUCACAGUGUGAGCAAGCUGAUUGGGUCUCCGCCAGGUUAUGUCGGUUACGGCGAUGGAGGUGUUCUGACAGAAGCAAUCAGAAGAAAACCUUUCACUGUCGUAUUACUAGAUGAAAUCGAGAAAGCCCAUCCAGAUAUAUUUAACAUCCUCCUCCAAGUAUUUGAAGAUGGACACCUUACUGAUUCCCAGGGAAGGAGAGUAUCGUUCAAGAACACACUGAUUGUCAUGACAUCAAAUGUGGGUUCGAGCGCCAUUGCAAAAGGUAGACGGAACAGUAUUGGUUUCAUACUUGAUGAUGAUGAUGGCAAGUCAGGAUCAUAUGCUGCAAUGAAAGCUUUGUUAAUGGAAGAAUUAAAGGCCUAUUUUCGUCCAGAAUUACUCAACAGGUUGGACGAGGUUGUCGUUUUCCGUCCACUCGAGACUACACAGAUGGUGGAGAUUGUAAGCAUAAUGCUAAAGGAGGUGAAGGAAAGAUUAAUGUCCCUGGGCAUCGGCCUUGAGAUAUCUGAUGCUAUCGUGGACCUCGUCUGCAGGCAGGGGUAUGACCGAAGUUAUGGGGCCCGGCCUCUUAGGAGGGCAAUCACUCAUCUAAUUGAAGAUGUACUGAGUGAAGCUGUCCUUGCUGGCGACUGCAAGCCUGGUGAGACAGCCGUAAUUGAUGUGGAUGCUGCUUCUGGAAAACCAUUCGUCACAGCUCUUCAUUCAGACCAGACGUCCCAGUUAUCUGAUGCAACUUCUAUGACAUAAAAUGUAUAGACAUUUGAUGUAUAUUCAACUUACUUCCAACAGAGUCUUUCACCUUCACUUGUAUAGUUGUAGACAGUUCUGUAUAUUCUGAUGUUAAAAAGAUUCUGUAUAUAGUAGACACACAAACAAAUACAACGUGAUUCAAAAUAUCUUCGUUCAUUUUCUCCA